AUGUCUGGAGCUACUGCAAAUGAGACUCUGCCUGAUUUUGGAGGAGGAGGAACUCAGAGGGCAGUUCCAGACGGCCAGGGAAUAGCGGGACUGGGCUGGAGACGCCUCCGCUGCUCCUCCCGCUCCUUCACCCCGCACAUCCCAGCACCCAGAGCCACCCUCCGGCCGGGGAUGCGGGAGCCUUUCUGACACCAGCCACUCCACAAAGUCUUUUUUCCUUACGUUUCAGAGGGGUUUUGGAGGAGAAGUUUUGAUGACCCCAUUUUCCAGGUAUCUGAAUACCCUGAGGGACUGCUGAGAUGUUCCCACAAGCCUUGUUUUCCACUCUCCUUUGUGUGGCUUUAGUUCCUCUACACGCUCAGCUUGAUGUGGAUAAUGGAGACGUCAGUCCUGUUGCCUGUGCAGAAAAGAGGAACUGCCCCAUCAACGUCUACUUCAUCAUUGACACCUCAGAGAGCGUUGCUCUGCAGACUGUGCCCAUCCAGAGCCUCGUGGACCAAAUAAAGCGGUUCAUCCCUGUGUUCAUCGACAAACUGGAGAGCGAGCUCUACCAGAACCAAGUCUACAUCACCUGGCAGUUUGGUGGGCUCCAUUACUCAGAUGUGGUGGAAAUUUACAGCCCUUUAACAAGCAGCAAAGACAUUUACCUGCCCAGGCUGUCCGCUAUCAACUACCUUGGCCGGGGCACCUUCACGGACUGCGCCAUCUCCAACAUGACGCAGCAGAUCCAGACCCAGAUGGCCACCGGUGUGAACUUUGCCGUGGUCAUCACCGACGGCCACGUCACCGGGAGCCCCUGUGGGGGGAUGAAGGUGCAGGCCGAGAGGGCGCGGGACAUGGGGAUCAGGCUCUUCGCGGUGGCCCCCAGCGAGAAGGUCUACGAGCAGGGGCUGCGGGAGAUCGCCAACCUGCCGCACGAGCUGUACCGCAACAACUACGCCAUCACCCAGAGGGACACGCUGGACAUCGACGUCAACACCAUCGACAGGAUCAUCCAAGCUAUGAAACACGAAGCCUACGGUGAGUGCUACAAGAUGAGCUGCCUGGAGAUUGCAGGACCACCUGGUCCCAAGGGAUACCGAGGGCAGAAGGGUGCAAAGGGGAACAUGGGUGAGCCAGGCUCCCCUGGGCUGAAGGGACGACAGGGCGACCCAGGUAUUGAAGGUCCCAUCGGAUAUCCUGGUCCCAAGGGUGUCCCAGGGCUGAAAGGAGAGAAGGGAGAAAUCGGAUCCGACGGACGGAGGGGUGCCCCUGGUUUGGCAGGCAGGAACGGCACUGAUGGACAGAAGGGCAAGCUGGGGAGAAUUGGACCACCGGGAUGCAAGGGUGACCCUGGUGACAAGGGCCCUGAUGGCUACCCAGGAGAUGCAGGAGACCAAGGUGAAAGAGGAGAUGCAGGCAUAAAGGGAGACCCUGGCCGGCCUGGUCGCAGUGGACCCACAGGACCUCCAGGAGAAAAAGGAAGCCCGGGACUUCCAGGCAAUACUGGAGCUCAAGGGCCUGCUGGAAACAAGGGAACUAAAGGUGAAGCAGGAUCCCCUGGACCCAAAGGAGAGCCUGGUCGACGAGGAGAUCCAGGGACGAAAGGCAGCAAAGGCACUCCUGGGGGCGCAGGAGAAAGGGGAGAUCCUGGUCCAGAGGGUCCUCGUGGUCUGCCUGGUGAGGUUGGAAACAAAGGAGCAAGGGGAGACCAAGGACUGCCGGGACCCCGAGGUCCUCCAGGUGCUGUGGGAGAGCCAGGCAGGAUAGGAUCACGUGGGGACCCUGGUGACCUGGGCCCAAGAGGUGACGCUGGACCACCAGGACCAAAGGGUGACAGAGGCAGACCUGGCUUUAGCUACCCUGGACCCAGAGGGCCACAGGGUGACAAGGGUGAGAAAGGGCUGCCAGGACCCAAGGGAGCAAGAGGUGACCUUGGACCAAAAGGAGUGCCAGGGACCAAAGGAGAGAAGGGGGAACCGGGUGAUCCUGGCCCAGGAGGCGAGCCUGGACCCCGUGGUCCACGUGGUGAAGCAGGCCUUGAGGGGACCCCCGGCCCACCAGGAGACCCUGGUCUCACUGAUUGCGACGUGAUGACCUACGUGCGAGAGACAUGCGGAUGCUGUGACUGUGAGAAGCGCUGCGGGGCCCUGGACAUCAUGUUUGUCAUAGACAGCUCGGAGAGUAUCGGCUACACCAACUUCACCCUGGAGAAGAAUUUUGUCGUCAACGUGGUCAGCAGGCUGGGCUCUAUCGCCAAGGACCCCAAGUCACAGACAGGUGCCCGUGUUGGGGUGGUGCAGUACAGCCAUGAGGGGACUUUCGAAGCCAUCAAGCUUGAUGACGAGCGCAUUGAUUCCCUGUCGAGCUUCAAGGAAGCAGUGAAGCGCCUGGAGUGGAUCGCUGGAGGCACCUGGACACCAUCUGCCCUUCAGUUCGCCUACAACAAGCUCAUCAAGGAAAGCAGGAGAGAGAAAGCCCAAGUGUUUGCUGUGGUGAUCACAGAUGGGCGCUACGACCCCCGGGAUGACGACAAGAAUUUAGGGGCCCUUUGCGGUAGAGAUGUGGUCGUCAACACCAUUGGCAUAGGAGACAUGUUUGACCAGCCAGAGCAGAGCGAGACCCUGGUCUCUAUCGCCUGCAACGAACCCCAGCGAGUCCAGAAGAUGAGGCUCUUCUCGGACCUGGUGGCAGAAGAAUUCAUUGACAAGAUGGAAGACGUGCUCUGCCCAGAUCCACAGGUCGUCUGCCCUGAGCUGCCCUGUCAGACAGAGCUUGCUGUGGCCCAGUGCACCCAGCGCCCCGUUGACAUAGUUUUCUUGCUGGAUGGCUCGGAAAGGAUCGGUGAGCAGAAUUUCCAGAGCGCCCACCGCUUUGUGGAGGAGGUGGCCCGGCAGCUCACGCUGGCCAGGAGCAGCAGCGACAACAUGAACGCCCGGAUCGCGCUGCUGCAGUACGGCAGCGAGAGGGACCAGAACGUGGUCUUCCCGCUGACCUACAACCUGACAGAGAUCUCCCUUGCCCUGGCGCAGAUCAAGUACCUGGACUCGUCCUCCAACAUCGGGUCGGCCAUCAUUCACGCCAUCAACAACAUCGUGCUCAGCCCAGGAAACGGGCAGCGACUCGCCCGGCGCAACGCCGAGCUCUCCUUCGUCUUCAUCACCGACGGCAUCACGGGGAGCAAGAACCUGGAGGAGGCCAUCAACUCCAUGAAGAAGCAAGAUGUCAUGCCCACGGUGGUGGCCCUUGGGAGUGACGUGGACAUGGAUGUCCUGCUGAAGCUUGGCCUCGGGGACCGGGCAGCCAUCUUCCGGGAGAAGGACUAUGACAGCCUCUCCCAGCCCAGCUUCUUCGACAGGUUCAUUAGGUGGAUUUGUUAAAUGAAGGGCGCGCACACAUCCUCCUCUCACUGAUAUACACACCCCUGGUAUUACCUCUUGUAUUUUCUUCCCCCUGUAUGUUUGCUAGCCCAGAACAGCUGCCCUCAGGGUCCUCCUUUCUAGCCAAAAUCCAGAGAUCUUUAUUGAUUUUCAUGAUGAAGAGUCGUGUAUGUUACAUUUAUGGUGCUAAUUAAAACCCAGAUCAAAGGAGAAUACAGAGCCAUAUAAAGCUUUACACACACCAAGCCAUGACUUGCAUACGUACUGUAAUCCUAGGAGGGCUUAUCAGAGAAGCAAGAAACCUUUCCAGUGUAGCAGGAUGAAUGAACAACUCUAGUUUUCAAAAACUCUCAAUAUCCCUCAGUGUGUCUUGCUCCUCCUUCCUGGGAGCUAUAGGAUAGUGUGAGAGGUUUUGCUGCCUUGCACAGUUGUCUGCAGAUGCUUCUUUUGGGGGUCUAUCUAUCCUAAAUUUCACAAAUCAUCUCUAAGAUCUUUAUUUUCCUGUGGGCCGUAUCUCCCGUGAUUCCUUCUCUUCAUCAGAACCUGCUCAUUUAUUACUGCACCCAAAAUCCUGGCUGAGAGGGGCCUCCUAGCAUCUCACAAAAUACCAGGCAGCCACCAGAGCUGCCUCCCUGUCACCCCAGUGUGCUCAAAGUGUCAAUGGCACCUUCUUCCCGCCAGUAUCUGUUGAGCAAUGCCCAGAUUUGAACUUGAAUUGUGCUGUCUGCAAAAAUAAACAAACCCUUUUCACCCUACCCUGAAAAA